AUGAUGAGGGAAAAAACUGUAAUGACUUUAGAUUCCAGAUAUGUAACUCAAAUAAAAAAUGCUUACUAUUACGUUAAUCCUCCAGAAUUGGUUACAGUGGCCCAAAAAGAACGUCCAAUAAUGCACCAGUUUAUACGCAAACUCUCAUAUCAAGAACUGCAAAAGAACAACACAGACAAAAUAAUGUGUUUAAUAAGCAAGCUUGAUUGGACUAAUAAAGAUAUUUCUAUUUAUACUACAAAAUGCCUUACAGGUGCACACAAUAUGAAAUAUUUCAAUAUAAGAUGCCUAGCUAGUCUUCUAUCAGGCCUUGUAGGUUACCAAGAAGAAAUCGGUACCAAAGUUGUUGAUGGUGUUUUUGAAAACAUCAGAUUAGGCAUGGAAGUUAACUCACCAAAAUUCAAUCAAAGAAGAAUGGCACAAAUUAAAUAUUUAGGGGAAUUGUACAAUUACAGAAUGGUUGAAAGCGCUAAUGUGUUUAAGGCUCUAUACUCCUGA